AUGGAUAUAGCUGGUUGGGUGGGAAAUUGUCUAACAUGUCAGUUAGUGAAAGAAGAGCAUCAGGUUCCGAGUCGCUUGUUCCAAAGUCUAUCCAUGCCUGAAUGGAAAUGGGAUAUGAUCACGAUGGAUUUUGUGUGCGGGCUUCUAAAGACAAAGAGCUAUAAAGAUUCAGUAUGGGUGAUAGUAGACCGCUUGACUAAGUUAGCACACUUCCUUCCAUUCCAAAUGUCAGAUGGUGUAGACAAGUGUGUGGAACUCUACAUGAGGGUAAUUGUGAAACUCCAUGGUGCACAUGAGUACAACAUAUCAUCCACAAACGGAAUGACAAUCGGAGAGGACAAUCCAAUCAUUGGAGGAUUUAUUGGAGGCUUGCGUAGUGGACUGGGACGUCUGUGUCGAACUCUCUUGUGUUGGAUUGAAGUGGGGGAUGGCCGAGAUCUUUAUCCAGGGGUGAUAAAAGAAAUGACAGACACGAUCAAAUUUAUCAAGGAGAAAAUGAAAGAGGCUCAAGAUCGGCAGAAAAGCUAUGUAGACAAGAGUAGGAAGGAAUUGGAAUUCCAAGUGGGGGAGAUGGUUUACCUAAAAAGGGUGAAGUCUAAGGGAAAUGAUAGGACAGCGAAGAUGGGUAAACUGCAACCGAGAUAUAUGGGACCGUUUAUGAUCGUGGAACGAGUUGGACCAGUGACUUAUCGUUUGGAAAUGCUUGACGUUCCAUGA